CUCAUACCUGAAAUGUGGAAGCGGAACGCUAAAGCAUCAACCAUGCUUCUACUAGCGCUUCUUGUGGUUUUGUUGCCUCAAGUGCUCGGCGACGAUUUAGUAAAAGGAGGAAACUGCGAUGGAACUCCCGUAAAUCCAGGGAAAACGGUUGAAAGCUGUAAUUACUACUGCUUGAGAGACGACAAAUGGGUCAACACAUACUUCCCAGUGGGAACCAAGUGCCAGUACGAACCAGGACGCUUGGGUACUUGCCUGACAUAUGAAGGCUCCUCAACCGCCUGCAACCUCGACGAAGAUGUAAGCACCCGAACCUGGGGCCACGGAGGCACGGUAUCUACUAAUGAGGGAGAGGAGACUACAACGCCUUCGAAAAGAAAAAAGAAAAAUCCAACAAAGCAGAAGAAGACUAAGAAGCCCAAACCUUCUACCGACGCAACAACUAAAUCCAAAGACAAGAAGAAAAAGAAAAAGAAACCUUCGACUCAAUUGCCAGAAUGGUAGACACAGUCGUCUCAAGAAAUAAAUUUCUGCUGUCGUUUCCAUCAA